UGUUAGUGCCUGGCUCUCACCCUCCCCAUCUAACAGCUCAGCCUCUCCCAACUCCUCCUGUCCCCUGCUGUCUCAACGCCGAACAAUUCUGCCAACAUUUCCAAGGGGAUCCCAUUGUCGUUUUGCCUCCGUUGGGCGGAAGGAGCCAGGAGAUCAGUUCAUGCCAACACCUUAAACAAACCGAAGACCUGGAGGUGCCUUUCCAUCUCGACAGUGGGGGGUCGACGGAGAUCUGGGGCCCCUCUCCCAUGGUGGUGCUGACAGGAGGAUGGGCUCGUUCCGCAGACCCAGACCUCGCUUCCUGAGCUCCCCGGUGCUCAGUGACCUACCCCGCUUCCAGGCAGCCAGGCAGGCAGCACUGCUGGGUUCCAACCGAGCCUGGAACAGCGUCCACAAGGCAGUGAUCCGCGUGUUCCAGGGAGGAAGCUUGCAAGACAAUGAGCUGUUCUCUCUGAAUGAAAACAUAAGGCAACUGCUGAAGAGCGAAUUAGGUCCAUUCAUUACUGACUAUUUCCAGAACCAUCUUCUUUCCAAAGGCUUGGUCUUGAUGGAAGAAAAAGUGCGAGUCUGUGAAGGUGAAAACCUUUUGGAAGCUUUGACAAAUAGUUGGGAUAAUUUCUUCACUGAAAUCCUACCCAUGUUACAAGCCAUAUUUUACCCUGUGCAGGGACAGGAGCUCACAAUCCGUCAGAUGGCCUUGCUUGGAUUCCGCGAUCUGGUCCUACUGAAGGUAGACCUGGAGCAGGUGCUCCACCAGCCUCACACCAGUGUGCCUCCAUCCAUCACCCAAAUGCUCCUAGUGCUUCAGGGAGCUCAUGAGCCUAAAGGCCCAAGUGAGGAAUACAUCCAGCUGGAGCGUCUGGUGCAGUUAGUUGUCUCCCCUUAUCUGGGCACCUAUGGACUGCUCUCCAGGGACAGGAAAGCUGUUGAUACAGUGCACAUACUUGAUCAAAGAUUUGCUGGACCUAGGUCAAAAUUGGUCGAUUUUAUGACUGACAAGUGUGAAAUGAAUGCAUCCAAUGAGACUGUGUUGACGCCCUUAAUCGAGCAGGAAGGCGAGGCCUAUCUAGAGAAAUGUGGGAACAUCCGACGUCACACAGUGGCCAAUGCACCCUCAGAGCUUCAGCUUUUGGCUAUGACCUCCAUGUUGAAUCCUGGAAUGGUGGAAGAACCGGACACUGAAGAGGAAUGUAUCCUGAUGCCAACUGGUCACAGACACUACUCCAGCGAACCGAACAUCCCAGAACCUCAGUCUGAGGUGAUGGGAGUCUCACUGCAAGAGUCUUCUGACAUUAAGUGUACAGCGCUUGGCUAGACCACAAAGCCACCGUUGUGUUUUUGGCACAGUGUUAGUAUUCACAGAAGGAAGGAAUCCCAUUACCCUACAUGAGUCCGAUCACAGAGAGUCAAACGAUCCUCAACAGCUGAACUUCAUUCACGCUGGUUGUGUGUGUCGGACUGGACCUCUGACCCAGGUCCUUCCUCUUAUCAUCUGAACAUACCUCAGAAGUCACGGCACAGAAAGGAUGUUAGCGUGUUGGGACGAGGUUACAGAUGCCCCGGUAAAAUUAAAGUUUAAAAGAUGAGUAUGGCAGUAAGUUUGCACUGAAAGUAUCUAAUGAUUGAGACGAGUUCAGAACAUUGUUGCCUGAGAUUGCACUAUACUUGUCUCAUUGUUUAAAUACAGCCUAUCCAUCUCGUCUCUCCAUGUGAUUUUAGUCACACGGAAACGUCGUCACUUCUGUUCACCAUCAAACCUGUCUUUUGCGGGCAGCUUGACAGAACUGAGUUUCAUAAGGGGAUUCCAAAUCAAUGUGAGUUCCAUAACGCCGGGGGAGCGCUCCCUCUGUGCACUGUGCACACUGAAGUGAGUGGUAUUCCUCGUACUUUUUGACGAGAUCUUGAUUAUUUGUUUACACGUAGCACCCUAAGGAAGUUAGGAGCUAUGCCGACCGUCCCAGUGUGUCACAAACACUUCGCAAAUUGCACAAGUAAUGGAGGGGGAAUGCCAACCCGUCAGGUUAGAUGUGUAAUUUGGAGGGUCCUGGCAAUACUGGAAUAAUUCCUAAACUGCAAGUUCUUUAAAAUUAGCUCACUUCACCUCACAACCAUAGUUCUAACUCUGAACACACUGACCCACUGCUCUGCUACUUCCUCCACAGAUGCUCUCUUCAAACCUAAUUUCAGGUUUCCUUUUAUGUUUUUUUUAAACGAAUAAACUGUGGAUUUUU